GCUUCCGGGCUCUCAUCAUGGGGGACUGAGGAGCCGCGCCGGCUGUCCGCGCCCUCCCCUCCCGGCCCUCGCCCGCCAGCCCCCGGCGCUGCCGCCGGCCCCCGGCCCGGCUCCCCUAGGCCCAGUCUCUGCGAAGUGGCGCCAGCCUCCUCGGGGAGCGGCCGGGGGAGGCGCCGGGUUCAUGUUCCGGGUCGCUGAACCUACCCCGACCCGAGCUCAGGCGGCGAGAAAGAGCUGGCAUUUCAGUAGGACUAUGGAGGAGCUGGUUCACGAUCUAGUCUCAGCACUGGAAGAAAGUUCAGAGCAAGCGAGAGGAGGUUUUGCUGAUACUGGAGAUCAUUCACGAAGUGUGUCUUGUCUUCUAAAGCGACAAGCAAGGAAAAGGAGGGGACGAAAAAGACGAUCAUUUACCACCCAUCAUCCCUGGGAGACUGGUCACUGCUUAAGUGAAGGUUCUGAUUCCAGUUUAGAAGAAUCAAACAAAGACUACAGGGAGAAUCAUGCUAAUAAGAAAGACCACAGUGACUCUGACGACCAGCUGUUGGUUGCUAAGCGUAGGCCUUCCUCAAACUUAAAUAACAUUCGAGGCAAAAGACCUCUGUGGCACGAACCAGAUUUAGCUGUUGACAGUAUGGGAAACAGAACUUUGCGCAGGAGAAGAAAGGUAAAACGGAUGGCAAUAGAUCUGCCAUCAGAAGUCUCUAAUGCACUGACAAUAACUCAACAGCAGGAUAGCAGCAGAGAUCAAGAAAUGGACAAUAACAAUAAAUCAUACCAACACCAAGAGUUUUCCAAGAGCAAAGUGAAAAAAAGAAAAGUAGCUGCACCUCGACAAGGACCAGAAAUCUUGGAUGAAGGAGUAGUUAUAGAAAAUGAAGAAGUGAACCAAGCAAAUAAGGACAAAAUGGAGUAUGAGGAGCAAAAAGGCUCAGAUGAGAACAUGAGUGACAGUGAAUCGAGCAGCCUGAGCAGCAGUGAUGCUGGUUUGUUUACCAAUGAUGAGGGAAGACAAGGUGAUGAUGAACAGAGUGAUUGGUUUCAUGAAAAUGAGUCUGGUGGAGCAUGUGGAAUUACGGGGGUCAUUCCAUGGUGGGAACAAGAAGAUCCUACAGAACUGGAGAGAGAAUUGCCUGAUCCAGUCUUUGAAAGUAUCUUAACUGGUACUUUCCCUCUUAUGUCCCGUUCAGGGAGGAGAGGUUUCCAGAGUAGAUUUAGUCAUCUACAUGGAAUGCCAGCAAGAAACAUAAAAAAGGCUUCAGGAAACCAGAAUGCAUUGAUAACUCCAGGAGCAGGCGGUAGCAGGAAAACAGUUCACUUGUCCCAGGAUUCUCUUCACCAUGACCACUGGUUUAGCCCUGGGGCUAGGAAGGAACAUAGCCAGCUUCAACUCCUGCGAGACAACCGAUCAGAGAGGGGACAUAAGAAGAACAGCUCUGUAAAAACAGCUAGCAGGCAAACCAGUGUACAUUUAGGAUCAUUGUGCAUGGGAGACAUCAAACGGAGAAGGAAAGCUGCUCCCCUGCCAGGACCCACAGGGUUUGUUGGUGAAAACACCCAACCAAUUCCAGAAAACAACAUUGGAAACAGAAUGCUUCAGAGUAUGGGCUGGACGCCUGGCUCGGGCCUUGGACCAGACGGCAAAGGGAUAGCAGAGCCAAUACGAGCCAUCCAGAGACCAAAAGGACUCGGACUUGGAUUUAGCUGACAGAAAUGCACCCUGGCUGCCCAAUAAAAAUAAAGCUCAGAAUGAAUUUAAAAAUAUGAGGAAAAAAUUUAAAAAAAAUGGCAAACAUAUUAUUUGUGAUCAGCAAAUCCAGUUACUCUUCUCUCAAAGAUCACUGAAGUCAGUGUGCUUCACAUUAGCCACACCAGCUGCAAGGUACAGCCACAGUGACAGAAAUGGCAUUUGAGUCUAACUUUAUAAUGGUGCUAAAAUGUACAAAAUCUUCUACUUUUUUAUUUUCUGUGGUCUUAAAGUUUGUAUUAAGCAUAAAAUUCAGUAUGUUCACUUUUUUUCAUAAAAGCUUCUGACACAGCAGGUUUUAGUAUAUAAGCAAUUUUUUUUUUUUAAGUAUAAUUUCAUCUCGAGAGUCUUGAUAAGAUUUGUCAAGGAAAAUUGAACUUUUUACAGCUAUUGCUUUCUCCCCCUUUUCAGGCAAAGUUUCCAAACCUGGUAUUUCUAGUGUUUAACAAUAGUUGAGGAUAAGCUGUCAUUUUGCCCAUAAGAUAUACACGUUUCCCACUGGAAGGUGAUAUGGUAUGCAAUUUUGUAUAAGAGCAUGAAAAAUGGCUUUGUUGUCAUAGGAAUGGCAUUCCAACACCAUUAUGGGGCAAUAUAUCACUGUCUUCCACAUUCAAGAUCAAAAGGAAAGCUUUUAUACUUGUUUUUACAUUUACAAGUUUAUCUCUUUUCAGCAAAUAUUUUAAAAAGUUAAAGUUUAUUCUGACUUUGGAUUUCCCUUUAUAUUAAUAUUCCCCCAUGUUUCCACAUUUAGGAAUAGUUUGAGCUUUGAACCAGGAAAUAGUAUUUUAAUGGUGACUGUCAGUGUUUAUAUUCUGGGAUUUGGUGUAUUUUAAACAAUGCAGUAUUCAACAUCAUGUUAUCAUUUAGUUUGUGAUUGUGCUGGUGCCAAUGAGCCACAACCUUUAAGGAUCACAAACAGAAAAAGGGCAAGGAGAAGCAGGGUUAGAGUGGAGGAAAGAAACGAAAGAGAUACUUUGAUGGCAUCUCACAAAUCUAGGCUAGCAAUUAAAAAUCAAGAGGGAUCAUUAAGUGUUUUAAUCAGUAUCCUAAUGUAUCUAAUGUCAACAGAAGCAAUUUCACUAAGCGCCAACCAAUCAAGCUCCUAGGGUACUUAUUGGUUUGCAGUAUAAAACAAAUUCCACUUUAAAAUUAAAUGAUAGGGCUGAAGGAAACUGUUGUUCAGAUGGUCUAAGGAGAAAAUCCUCUCCCUCUCCCGCCCACCCCGCUAGUAGUUGGCAAUAUUUACCCUGACUGCAGAGGGAACAGGAUUUGAUUCUACAGUCUUUUUUUCUUCAAUAGGAAGAUCUCCCUCUUUCUCUACUUCCAGACUGCAGAAAAAAAAUACUUCUGGAUGCUUUCAAAGAUAUUUCCUUCAUGUGAUUGUGAAAUACAGUGAUUAAUUUUAAGAAGUUUUUUUAUUACUUUUCUUUUUCUCUCAGCUUCACUCAUUUUCAGAAAAAUAACUAUGAAAAAGAAGUAGCAGCAGCAUUAUAAGAUUGAAUUUGCUUAAAAGAAAUGUUCAUGCUUUCUACUGUGAGUACUGUCGGUUUGGGAAUAUUGAUUCACCAUACACGUAGUGUAGAGUAAAAGGUUAAUACCUGUUUUUAACUAUAGCCAAAUGCACAUGUUCUCUGAGUUUCAGGAGAACAAUUUAUUGCUGUUUAAAUACUUGAUAUGAUUGUGUGGGUUUGCUUUUUGAAAUUAUAAGAAAUUUAAAAAAAACUUGGGAUUUAUAAUUAACACAUACACUUUUUAUUGGAAGGUUUUCAGGCUUAGCAUAAUGUGAGUUUGCAACUUCAGAUAUCUCUUGAACAACUAGACUGAGUUAAAUACAUUCCAUAUCCAAAGAAUUUCAGGGCCACAUAAUUGCAAAGGGCUGAGAGCCUGGAAUUCUGCAGCUAGCAGAGGUGCCCACUUGUAUAAGUGAUAUUUACAAUAAUUAAUUUAUGUAGUGUGGCAUGCUCCCAUUCUUUCAAUGCAAUGUGCUACGGAAAGCAAGUGUAUUCUAAAGAUCUCUUUGUAUUGUACACCACAAUCAAAAAUUCCUUAAAAUAAUUUUCAACAUAUGAAUUGUGAAGGUUAGUCUUUUAAGUUCUGUUUGUUCUAGUUCUAUUUGCAAAACUGUAAAGAAAUAUUAAUUCUAUGUUAAAAUUCUUCUGUUUUGCUUUGGUUACAACACCUCCAUAUCUUGGGCUGGAAAUUCUAAGUAUGGCACAUAUAACACUUGUUUGAAGUAUUUCUGCGCAGUUUACCAUUGGAGCGGUUUCUCAAGAAAUCAGGCUGCAGCUCCAAAAGUAUUUGAAAAUGUUACCUAUUUUCAAAAGAUAAAAGGGAAAUCAUGGAUACAUGUUGAGACAAAACCUCUUUAGCCCAUUCAGCUCUUUGUUCAUCCAUUCAUACAGAUACAGUGAAGCAGCCAACAUAAUGGAAGAACUGUUUAGUCUGAUUGGAAAUCUUACAACUUUUGUUUUAAGUCAGUCUAUUAGUGAGAAACUAUUAGACAUUAAGAUUAGUCAAAUUGAUUUCGAUAUAAAGAUAGAUACACUUUGUCUGUUUUCCAGCAGGUAUUCUCAUAGAUGGCACAGCUGACAGCCAACUUUAUCUGUUAGAAGCUUUGUAGAACAAUGUGAUUUAUUGAAGUAUUUUUAUGUAGUGUUUUGAGAGAUUUUUUUGUUGCAGUAAAAUUUCCAUUCUGAAUCACACUAUCAUUUUGUUUCUGUUUUUCUGCAUUGCACAGGGGUGGUUUUAAAGAUACUUCAGUAGUGUGAUUUUGCAGUUAAAACUAGUGGUAAGAAACAAAACAAAAAUUGUAUUCUUUUUAUUUUUUAAACUGUUGCAGUGUUAGUUGGCUUUGAAACAUGCCAGAGUAAUUGGAUUUAUUGGGUUUUUUUUUUUCAGGUCUUUCCCACCUAACUUGCAAUCAAACUCUGAUACCUGCUGUAAAGCUGGCUCAAUGUAUUUUAAAAUACAAAUACAAGUAUUUUCAGAUACUAAUUCUUAAUCGCUGUGACACUGAAGGGCUUUAUGCCUACAUAAAUAAAUAUGGGAUCAUCUUGUAUCUAAAAGUUACCAUCCAUCACUUGCCAGAUUCUUUCCAUUUAGGUGUUUGAUUAAUCAGUAGCUCAGCUGUUACCAUAAUAUUCUUCCUCUGCAGAUUGUUUAGUGAAGAGAAGAGAUGUUACAUAUUAUCAGCAUUGCAUUUUCCUACAUAUUCCAUGGUGUCUGAAAGUUCUGUGAAUUGAGCCAUUAACUGUUAAUAAAAGAUACCCGUGAACAGUACCUUAUUUUUAAAUAAAUAUUUGUCAAAGUCGGAGAAGCAUUAUCAAUAUGCUUAUUUUAACAAGUUUGUCCCUGCAUUUGUCUUUCUGCAAUUAGGUCAAUAAUGAAUGUAGAAUGGCGGUAAAUAGCUAAAUAAUAUGUAUAGAAUGCUUUGCUAUAACAACACAAAUGCAAGAUGAAAUAAAAUAAAUAGACUCCGUU